UGUCAGUCGGCUGUGUGGAAUACUCGUAGAAGAGGCGCUUUGUCGCGGAAAGAUGGCGCGCCCUUUGGCUGUGGCGGCGGUGCUGUGCGCGGCGCUGGCGACCUCCGCGGCGGCGCUGCAACUGCUCGAAGCCUGCCUUGUCAAACGGACUUGGGAAGUGGCGUGGAAGGGCAUAGGAGAAAAUAGAAAGAGGAAUGACAGCGAGUUCCUCAGACAUGAUAAUACUUCUAACUUAUUAGUCGACGAUCUGGCCAAAUGGGAGGACAGUGUGGAUAUAUCGAUGUGGGUACAAGAAGACGCCCCACUCGCAACGCCCAACGCAACUAUACUCAGCCUCACUAUCCACACCACCGGGCUCCCUCAUGCCCUCACACUCGAGCUCACAGCGAGUAGCAUCACCGUCUCGGGAUCUCAAGGAGGCUUAUUGUCCAAGAAUACGGUGGUUCCCUCUCUCACGCGCGGAUGGACGGGCGUGCGGCUGACGAGGGUGGAGGGAGGACUGAUGCACGUGUGGCACAAUGCCUCCAAACUCGUGUCUGUGGAGGUUCCUGAAGCGUUUGAUAUCCUCACCGUCGUUGGAAGUAAUGUCACAGUCAACUGCUCUCAGGAGGCGAAGGUGUGGCAAGUAAGGGGCGAGGAGGUCACAAUACCUCUUUCCCGAGAUGCCCUUCACAGCUUCAACCUCUUCUCCAGCCGAUCGUCGACGCCCAAGAUAAGUCUAGUCCCCUCGGAUUCCCCUGCGGUUACCUUAGCGUGGGAAAACGGUCUUAUAGUGAAGACAGAUGAUGUGAUAGAAAAUUAUACGGAGGCUUUACCCCCCGACACCAAGUACCGUGUGAGCCUACAGUGUAGCAGACAGAAAGAGAAUGUUACUUGCAUACUCAUGGCUGAGGAGGAAGCGAAAGAGUUAGCAGUCUUCGUCUCCCAAACUUUUCCUUCCGGUUUGCGCGUAUCCGGUCUUCACGCGGGCGAAUUUUUUGUGCAAUACGAGAAGAAUUCGCAGUCCCUAGGCGUGGAUGCUGCUCUUCAAGGGGGUCGGCGAGUGACAGUGGGGUAUGUGCUUUCCGUCGUAGUCAUCGGGCUCGUCUUCGUGGGCAUCAUCACGACUGUGGUGGUCGCCAGCGUCCGCCACAAGCCUCGGAAGAAGAAAAAAUUACACCUGACCUUCGAAGACGCCGCGCCCCAGGAGUACGUGCCCUUCCUGUCGCGACCGGAGACGACGGUCAUUGACGAGGUGGAGGAAGACGCUAUAGAGGAGGAACCGACGCUAUGGGAGGCGGUGAAGUCAGGCGAUGUGGACGCGGUGGAGGCUCUGCUGGAUGAAGGAUUCCACCCAGAUGAUGUGGAGGAAGGCAGGGAAAUCACGCCGAUCCUGGAUGCUCAUUUCCUCGGCUUCAAAGACGUGCUCGACCUAUUGCUCAAAUUCAAAGGGGAAAAGGCUACACUUCCCACUGAGGAUCUUAUCAAGUCUAUCGUCAAUGAGUUAGAAACCCGGAUGAAGGAGGUGUUCGUGGCGGCGGAAUGCGGGAUGUACGAGCGAGAGCGCGGAGUGCAUCAGCUGCUGGACACCCACAUGCUGCCUGCCACUAUCACAGACCAUAUGGGCCGCUCACUCAUCCACUAUAUAACUUCUACAACCGUCAUGGAUGGGAGGCCACCGUGGGCACCGAAAGACGUCAAGAAAUUCCUAAACGAACAUAAAUACUUCAUCAACGCAGUCGAUCACUGGGGACGCACGGCCUUGCACCAAGUCGCGGAACAUCCGAGGACGGCAGAGAUGGACGUCAUCUGGGAGGGAAAGGAGUGGGGCGUGUCGGAGGCGUGGCUGGAACUGACCAAGAUCCUGCUUGGGUACGGAUGCGACCCGAGGAUACCCGAUCACCGAGGAGUCCUGCCACACCAGCUGGCCACACACGCAGGGAAUCAUCAGAUGGCACAGCUUCUGGAGGAUAUGAGUGAGAAGUUGGGGCCGCUGCACGAACCGACCGUCGAACAGCACGAGGAGCUGGUGACGGCCUGUCGGAUGGGCGACACGUCACGGAUUCGUAAGCUGCUACGACUGAAUGUCCCCGUCCUGCCGAUGUACGCGCGCGCUGACCCUCUGCGCGAGGCCAUCCGGCACCACCAGAGGGACGUUCUGUUCCUGCUGCUGAGUGCAGGGGCGCCGCUCUCCAGCAGACAAGGGUCCUGCAUAACGCCUCUAGAGGCUGCUCAUACCCAGCAAGGACUUCCCGCCUGCUUCCCUGCCAUUAUGAGGAAGGUUACCGCCGAGAGACUGGAGCACGAGGCAUCACGAGUUUCACCUGAUGUGAAGGAAUUGAAAGAACUCAGGGAAGGGAUGCGUACAUAUACCCAGCAGAUCCUGGACGUCGGGAGCAAAGCGAGAUGGAUCCUCAACAGCCUCUGCAGAAAGGAGCGAGGCAAGGAAGCUCGGAGGCUGCUAGCACAGGCUGCUGACCUCGGCCUCUCUCUAACAUGUCAGCUGAUGAGCCUUGAGGACGUGUUCCUCAAUCCCCUCCCAGGCGAGGACCCCCCCGUGACGAUGGCUGCUUCCCGUAACCACAUCGACACGCAGCUCACCCUCUGCAGAGACCUCAGACUCAACCCCUUCUCGCCAGGAUCAACGUCAUUGGACUUGAAACUACAACACGAACUUUGGCUGAACGAACGAAAAAGACUGGAAGAGCUAUAUUUGUUAGGUGACUGUGAUCUUACAAUCACUGACAGGGAGUAUAUUAGGGGAAUGAUAAACACAUGGCAAAAUAAAUCAACUGUCGUUAACACGGCGAACGUACAACAGCCCAGUGAUCCCGUACUCUUCUUCAUAGCAAAGCAGGGAUUGAUAGUCCUUCUUGAUAUCAUACUCAGAUGCGUUAGGGAUUUUGAUAUAAACCGAGUCAUCCAAACCUACUCAGGCAGCACAAUGCUUCAUGUUGCUUCUAUAUCCAACCACACCCAGACAGUAGAAUACUUGCUACACAGAGGAGCGGAAGCAAACGCACUUGCAAGGGGUAACCUAAGUGUAGCGCAUGUGGCAGCCCUGAGUGGGCACAGGAAGUGUCUGGAGUAUCUCCUUGAGUGCAUGGACAAGGCUAUGGCGGGGGGAAAUGACAAGAGCAGAAAAGCAUUAGACUUGAUGAGUGAAUAUGAAAAGAUGCUCAGCAAAUGCAGCAAACCCAUAAUGUCACACGAAGACGCACUUAGCAUAAUGGCUGAAAGAGAAGAGCAAUCCAAAGCUUACUUGAUACUAAAUACGAUGGCAAAAUCCUUGAAUAUUAGUGCUCCUCAAAACCUGAUACAAAUAGCAAAGGAACGGGCAUGCAACAAAGGUGAGUCAGAAGAAAUUCUCAACAAAGUCAAAGGCGAAACAUCAGCUAUUUGCAGUUAUAUUAGGGAUCCUAGAUUCGAAGGGACUUUGACUGAUGUUGAAGCUGUGUCAGAAGGAAACGAAAUCUUCAGUAUAGCCGAAAUAGAUUUCAUUUAUGAAGUAUCCAAAUUCACACUAUCUCCAAAUAAUACUUCUGUUACUUAUAGGAAUUUAGAUGCUAAUGACAAAUUAACUUUGGCGGUUGAGUCGUAUUCAGAAUCAGAUCUCUUCAAGGGUGAUGAGUUCCGCAAGUCAUUCGGCUCAGCAGUGAUUUCAGCUCUCAAGGAAUACGUGUGCUCCUCACCUGGGAUAUCUCUUGCCCCUCCUUUUGCAUCUGUCACGUCGGAAGGAGUCGAUGUAUUCUGGUUCUUAGAUGGUGAGCAAAACCUGAGAUUGGUGAGAGCGCGCAUCACCCCCGCAUUACUGAUCACUCAACCUGACGACGAAUUCCAACCAAAGACGCUACUAGAGCAUCACCUCGAGACGGAUGCUGACGUAAGCCUACAUCUUGUCAAUAUCGGGAAGGAAUGGAUAUACCGCACUUACUCAUUAGAAAAGAAAGUGUUCAGCAAUCUAACCCUACACAAGCGAAGUGUCUGGUUGACCUGCCGACUGAUCCAAAGCCUUCUGCAAAGCCACUGGUGGUCGCCCGAUUUUAGCGACCAACAGAACUCGGCGCCCUGGCACACCCUAGCCGUUGGGGUCGAAGCCUUGCCGGAGAGAGGACUCAAAUCCCUUUUCCUCGAAGAACUGUCCGAGUCGAAUGAGUGGGAGAAACGCAACGUCUUUGAAAGGGUUCUCUCGGUGUUCCGACGUGCAGCUCAGCGGGACAUGAUAGGCAAGUGGGCCACUAGGAAACACGUGGGGUGCUUCUCCCACAAAGCCCACUGGUGCGCCAACGUACCAGAUUCCUUCCUCGGUAUUUUAAGGUACCUGGAAGAUCUCGAGCGCGUGGAAGCUCUUCCCAAUAAACCUAAAGUCAAGUUCGCGUCUUGAUUGUGGGAAAACUCAUUACGCGGGAAGAGAGAGAGAGAGAGAGAGAAAGGGAGAGAGGGAGAGGGGGAGAAAGAGGGAGAGAGGAAGAGAGGGAGAGAGAGGUACAGAGGGAGAGAGGAAGAUAAAGGGAG